GUGCCCACCGCGACUGCACUGACCGCAACCUGCCAGAGAGGCAGAGCAAAAGAUAGCAAGAGGCGUAGAAAAGCCUAGGCUAUCGUUGUGCCAGCGUCGAGGUUCAGUCUAUUUCACCGUCCCUAUGAAUUCUUAUACACCUUCCGGAGGAUAGGGAGAAUUCGGGGGGAUUUUGAAUUCCGUUUUGCUUUGUUUUUUCCCCGCUAGUCUCUUUAUCCCCAUGCCCCGUUGAUGUUUUUUUGUGCACCAUCACCAGACGUUUUGGCCGUAGAGCAGGUGUGAGGGACCGCGGCGACCGCUCCUCUCCUCCCGCUUCCAAGAGGAGAUGUCGAGUGAGAAGCCGGUUUCAGCACCACCACCAGGCUCGGCGUCGCUGACGGACACGGCUAGAGAUCACCAUCCCUCGGGUCCGGUGCAGCAGGUCGUCACCAGCACCGGCUCCACGACCGUAGGGGAGAGGAUGGUGUCUUCCGCCGGCAAUAUGGUGCUCCCGGCCGGGGGGAUAAACCCCGCCGUCCCGAUAAGGAAUAUCCAAAUGAAAUUCGCCGUGUUGGUGGGCCUGAUCCAAGUCGGGGAGGUUAGCAACAGAGACAUCGUGGAGACGGUGCUGAACUUGCUGGUGGGGGGAGAGUUCGACCUGGAGAUGAACUUCAUCAUCCAGGAGGCGGAGAGCAUCGGCUGCAUGGUGGAGCUGCUGUCCCACUGCGAGGUCACCUGCCAGGCGGAGAUCUGGAGCAUGUUCACCGCCAUCCUGCGCAAGAGCGUGCGCAACCUGCAGACCAGCACCGAGGUGGGGCUCAUCCAGCAGGUGUUGGUCAAGAUGAGCACCGUGGACGACAUGAUUGCAGACCUGCUGGUGGACAUGCUGGGGGUGAUGGCCAGCUACAGCAUCACAGUGAAGGAGCUCAAGCUGCUCUUCAGCAUGCUGAGGGGUGACAACGGGGUCUGGCCCAGACAUGCCAUCAAGCUGCUGUCUGUGUUGAACCAGAUGCCCCAGAGACACGGUCCAGACACCUUCUUUAACUUCCCAGGAAGAAGUGCAGCGGCUAUAGCGUUGCCACCGAUCGCUAAAUGGCCUUACCAGAAUGGAUUCACCCUCAACACUUGGUUCAGACAGGACCCCCUCAACAACAUCAACGUGGACAAAGACAAGCCCUAUCUCUAUUGUUUUCGAACCAGCAAAGGCAUCGGUUACUCUGCUCACUUUGUGGGGAACUGUCUGAUCGUCACGUCGCUCAAGUCGAAAGGGAAAGGCUUUCAGCACUGCGUGAAAUAUGAUUUCCAGCCCCGCAAGUGGUACAUGAUCAGCAUCGUGCACAUCUACAACCGCUGGAGGAACUCUGAGAUCCGUUGCUAUGUCAAUGGACAGCUCGUGUCCUACGGCGACAUGGCCUGGCACGUCAACACAAACGAUAGCUAUGACAAGUGUUUCCUGGGCUCCUCGGAGACGGCCGACGCCAACCGGGUGUUCUGCGGUCAGCUGGGGGCCGUGUACGUGUUCAGCGAGGCCCUCAACCCCGCACAGAUCUUCGCCAUCCACCAGCUGGGCCCCGGCUACAAGAGCACCUUCAAGUUCAAGUCGGAGAGCGACAUCCACCUGGCGGAACACCACAAGCAGGUGCUGUACGACAGCAAGCUGGCCAACUCCAUCUCCUUCACCUACAACGCCAAGGCCACGGACGCACAGCUGUGCCUGGAGUCCUCGCCCCGCGAGAACGCCUCCAUCUUCGUCCACUCGCCGCACGCCCUCAUGCUCCAGGACGUGAAGGCCAUCGUGACCCACUCCAUCCACAGUGCCAUCCACUCCAUCGGGGGCAUCCAGGUCCUGUUUCCCCUGUUCUCCCAGCUGGACUACCGGCAGCUCAACGACAGCUCCGUGGACACCAGCGUCUGUGCUACAUUGCUAGCCUUCCUGGUGGAGCUUCUGAAGAGCUCGGUGGCCAUGCAGGAGCAGAUGCUGGGAGGGAAAGGCUUCCUCGUGAUUGGCUACCUCCUGGAGAAGUCGUCCCGGGUGCACAUCACCAGGGCGGUGCUGGAGCAGUUCCUGUCCUUCGCCAAGUACCUGGACGGCCUGCCCCACGGCGCGCCGCUGCUCAAGCAGCUGUGCGACCACGUCCUGUUCAACGCCGCCAUCUGGAUCCACACCCCCGCCAAGGUCCAGCUCUCCCUGUACACAUACCUGUCGUCAGAGUUCAUCGGCACGGCGACCAUCUACACGACCAUCCGGCGCGUGGGCACGGUGCUGCAGCUCAUGCACACGCUCAAGUACUACUACUGGGCCUGCAGCCCCCUGGAGUGUAGUGGCAUCACGCCCAAGGGCCUCGACGGGCCGCGGCCGACCCAGAAGGAGAUCAUCUCGCUGCGAGCGUUCAUGCUCCUGUUCCUCAAGCAGCUCAUCCUGAAGGAUCGAGGUGUGAAGGAGGAUGAGCUGCAGAGUAUUCUGAACUACCUGUUGACUAUGCAUGAGGAUGAGAACAUCCAUGACGUGCUCCAGUUGCUGGUGGCUCUGAUGUCGGAGCACCCGGCCUCCAUGAUCCCUGCCUUCGACCAGCGCAACGGCAUCAGGGUGAUCUGCAAGCUGCUGGCAUCCAAGAGCGAGAGCAUCAGAGUCCAAGCCCUCAAAGUCCUGGGCUACUUCCUCAAGCACCUCGGUCACAAGCGGAAGGUGGAGAUCAUGCACACGCACAGCCUGUUCACGCUGCUCGGUGAGAGACUGAUGAUGCACACCAACACCGUCUCCGUGACGACCUACAACACCCUGUACGAGAUUCUGACGGAGCAAGUGUGCACCCAGGUGGUUCACAAACCCCACCCGGAGCCAGACUCCACCGUCAAGAUUCAGAACCCCAUGAUCCUGAAGGUGGUGGCCACGCUGCUGAAGAGCUCCACCCCCAGCACUGAGCUGAUGGAGGUCCGGAGGCUGUUCCUCUCCGACAUGAUCAAGCUCUUCAGCAACAGCCGCGAGAACCGCCGCUGCCUGCUGCAGUGCUCUGUGUGGCAGGACUGGAUGUUCUCGCUGGGCUACAUCAACCCCAAGAGCCCCGAGGAGCAGAAGAUCACAGAGAUGGUGUACAACAUCUUCCGCAUCCUGCUCUACCACGCCAUCAAGUACGAGUGGGGCGGCUGGAGGGUGUGGGUGGACACCCUCUCCAUCGCCCACUCCAAGGUGACCUACGAGGCCCACAAGGAGUACCUGGCCAAGAUGUACGAGGAGUACCAGCGGCAGGAGGAGGAGAACAUGAAGAAGGGCAAGAAGGGCUCCGUCUCCACCAUCUCCGGCCUGUCCGCCGUGCCCGCUCCCGUCGUCAACGGCAACCUGGAGAUCGACGACAACUCCGCCACGCAGACGCCCGAGAGCGAGGCCGAGUACAGCGAGGGCGGCGUCGGCGGCGUUGUCGGCGGCGUUGUCGGCGGCGUCGGCGUCGUCGUCGGCGACUCCUCGCGCAACCUCCUGGCGGACGGCGCGGUGAAGCGGCCCGACGCCGAGGCCCUGACGCCCGGGGACCAGAUCCCCGUGCCGGGCGUCCGGGUGGAGGUGCACGACCUGCUGGUGGACAUCAAGGCGGAGAAGGUGGAGGCCACGGAGGUGAAGCUGGACGACCUGGACCUGUCCCCGGAGGGGCUAGGCGGGGGCCUGGUGGCGGGCGUGGUGGUGGGCGGCGGCGUGGGCGUGGGCGUGGGCGUGGAGAACGGACCCCUGGUGGAGGUGGGGUCCCUGCUGGACAGCGCCUACUGCGCGGCGGUGCAGAACCUGAACGGGGGCCUGGCGCUGAAGGAGGAGCGGCCUGGGGCCAGGGGCGUCUGCCUGGGCUCCGGCCUGGGGCUGGCGGGGGUCGGCCUGGAGGACGACGGGAACAUGGGACCCCUCAUCACGCUGGCCGACGAGAAGGACAGCGUGCCCAGCAACAACGGCUUCCUCUUCAGCAAGGUGGAUGAGAAGCUCCUCCCGGCUCUGGCAGCCCCAGACCCGCUGGUCCUCCCCAGGGCCGACCAGCCGCCCCCCCCUGGCCCGGGGCCCGGCUGCCCCAGUGACGACCUCAGCCUGCUGGCCCACAUGACCAGCUGCGGCUCGGACCUGGGCCCGCAGGCGCAGAGCUCGGGCCCCGGGGACAUGCCCGAGGACGACGCCUUCAAGAUCCAGAGCCCCCUGGCGGACAUCAGCUCCAUCGCGGCCGCCGAGAGCCUGCAGGCGAGGGCGCAGGCGCACGCCGCCGCCAGGGCCGAGUUCCCCGAGGGGGAGGGCCCGGCGGGGGCCGACGGAGAGGGGGCGGGGCUGAAGGCCGGCGGGGACACGGCCAGCACCGCCUCCGACACCGAGAGGUCUGACGACGGCAAGGACAAGGACGUCAAGAAGAUCCAGACCACCGCGACCACCCAGGCCCUGCACGGCCGGACGGCGGCCCAGCUGGAGAGGGACCUGCGGGUGGACCUGGGCUUCCGUGGCAUGCCCAUGACGGAGGAGCAGCGGCGGCAGUUCAGCCCCGGCCCGCGCACCACCAUGUUCCGCAUCCCCGAGUUCAAGUGGUCGCCCAUGCACCAGCGGCUGCUCACCGACCUGCUGUUCGCCCUGGAGACCGACGUCCACGUGUGGAGGAGUCACUCCACCAAGUCCGUAAUGGACUUUGUGAACAGCAACGAGAACAUCAUCUUCGUGCACAACACCAUCCAUCUGAUCUCUCAGAUGGUGGACAACAUCAUCAUCGCCUGCGGAGGCAUCCUUCCUCUGCUCUCUGCGGCCACCUCCCCCUCUAGUUCUAAGAGUAGUGCCAACGCUAAGGCAGGAGGAGCGGCGCCCCAGGGGGGGUCAAAGGGCAAGGAGGUGAACCCUUUGCCGGGGGCUGGAGCCGCAGGGGGUGAGACGGAGCUGGAGAACAUCGAGGCCACCCAGGGCAUGUCCUCAGAGACGGCGGUCACCUUCCUGUCCCGCCUCAUGGCCAUGGUGGACGUCCUGGUGUUCGCCAGCUCGCUCAACUUCAGCGAGAUCGAGGCGGAGAAGAACAUGUCCAGCGGGGGGCUGAUGAGGCAGUGCCUCCGACUUGAUAUUGUAUAA